GGAGUUAAUAUUCUCAUAAAAGAACAGUACAGCCGAAAUUCCUUGAAACCAUCAAAAGCUGUCACCAACCCUUUUGCAGGAAUCGCCUGAAACAUCCAAAAUUCCAUGGAAUUGAAUUGCUCAUCUCCUAAAACCAUCCCUGUAGUUUCAACGUUUACAGCAAACGGCUCGGAUUCUUCCUCAACCAGGAAGCCUAUAAGCUUAUGGCCUGGUAUGUACCAUUCACCGGUUACCAACGCUUUAUGGGAAGCCAGGUCCAAAAUCUUCGAGAGACUCCUUGAUCCACCAAAAGAUGCACCCCCUCAGAGCGAAUUGCUCACCAAAACUCCCUCUCAAAGUCGAACCACCAUCUUUUAUAACUUUUCAUCUGAUUAUAUCUUGAGAGAACAAUAUAGGGAUCCCUGGAAUGAAGUUAGAAUGGGCAUGUUGCUUGAAGACCUUGAUGCUUUAGCUGGGACUAUCUCUGUCAAGCAUUGUUCAGAUGAUGAUAGCACAACAAGGCCUCUGUUGCUGGUAACAGCUGCUGUUGAUAAGAUUGUUUUGAAGAAGCCCAUUAGUGUUGACAUUGAUCUCAAAAUAGUUGGUUCUGUCAUAUGGGUUGGGAGAUCAUCAAUUGAGAUUCAAUUAGAUGUUAUUCAAUCCCUAAAAGAAGAAUCGGAUGUUUCGCAUUCAGUAGCUCUAGCAGCUAACUUCAUCUUUGUGGCCCGUGACUCUAAGACCGGGAAAGCUGCUGCUGUUAACCGGCUUUCUCCAGAAACUGAACGUGAGAAAUUUCUUUUUGAAGAAGCUGAAGCUAGAAGCAAAUUGAGAAAAAAGAAAAGAGUGGAUAGAAGAAAACUCGAAAAUGGGGAGGUAAAUCAACUGGAACCACUCUUAGCAGAGGGCCGAAUCUUUUGCGAUAUGCCGGCCUUAGCAGAUAGAGACAGCAUUCUUUUAAGGGAUACCCGUCUUGAAAAUGCUUUGAUCUGUCAACCGCAGCAGAGGAACAUCCAUGGUCGAAUUUUCGGAGGUUUCUUAAUGCAUCGAGCAUUCGAGCUAGCUUUUUCAACAGCUUAUGUCUUUGCUGGACUCGUGCCUUGCUUUUUAGAAGUUGAUCAUGUUGAUUUCCUAAGGCCUGUCGAUGUAGGCGACUUCCUUCGUUUGACGUCAUGUGUUCUGUACACUAAACUCGAGAAUCCGGAUCAACCAUUAAUUAAUGUUGAAGUCGUUGCUCAUGUUACGAGGCCGGAGAUCAGAUCCAGUGAGGUAUCAAAUACAUUUUAUUUCACAUUCAGCGUCCGGCCAGAGGCAAAGGCCACAAAGAAUGGAUUUAAGAUCCGGAAUGUAGUUCCUGCAACAGAGGAAGAAGCACGGCGUAUUCUAGAACGCAUGGAUGCUGAGAUGCCACAGCAAAACCAGUGAAGCUGGGGCAGAUCAACGCCAACUUCUAGCAUAAGCAAUUUGAUGGUAUCAGUCAAAUGUUAAAGAUUCUUUGUAACAUUAAAAACAUAAAAUUAUUGCAGCCUGUUAAAUUUUGCAGGCAUGAGCCUGAUGAAUGUAUCAUUCCCCUUGAAAUAAAUCAGCACACUGCCUCCUUUUGUUUCCCCAAGAAAA